CUUCUUCCUUAUUAAAAGGACACCACUGUGCAUACUUUUUUUUGUUUGUUCGUGGUACCUGUACCUUUUUUUUCUCUUUCUUCUUCACAAAAAACAAAACCUUUUUUUAUUUAAACCCAUUACCGGAAUCCCCUUUUUUAAAUGACUUGCGAAUCGUUAGAUAGAUAUCUUGCAAGCUACCAGCUGGCUCUAGUAGAAGACAAAGCAAAAAGCAGGAGCGUCAUUGCAACAGCACCACUUAAACGUGGGUCAAUUAUAACGACAUCGCAACCACUCGGCACCGUAGCACUCAAAGCCAGUCGACAUGAAUUUUGCAACUACUGUUUUCGAAAACUCGGCACAACAUCUCAAUAUAGCGCAACGCCAUUGCAACGCUGCUCACGCUGCAAAUCCGCUUAUUUCUGCGAUAUGGCGUGUUUCAAAAACGCUUGGCUAAGCUACCAUCAAUUCGUAUGUCGACCAGCAGCAGAAGGGCAACAUAGCCCCGUCGAGAGUGACGAGGAUGACUCGCAGUUAGAUCUGGAAAUGACAGAGCGUGUGACCCUGAAUGUUUCGCGGUUUAUCAAGCGUAGUGCAAAAACACAAGAGCAACAGAUUGAACCGAACGAUGAAGAAACAGUGCAGGUUACCAUGGAAGCGUUUGCGUCGUUGAUGGAUCACCUGGACGACCAUCCACGUUACAUGCUGGAUCACUACGCAACAGUUGCCCAAACAGCAAAGCAGAAACCAUAUCUAUGUGACACGCCGUUACAAGAGAAGGAUAUGGUGCGCUUUCUAGGACGGUUCAAAUGCAAUAAUUUCGCCAUCUACGACGAACAGCUAUUUACGAUCGGCGAGGGUACAUAUCCGGUAGCGUCCCUGUUCAACCACUCGUGCCGACCCAACGCAGCGGUUCUGUUUGAUGGGGCACUGCUCGUGAUCAAGGCAAUUGACAACAUUGAGCCCGACGAGGAAAUCACAAUUGCCUAUGUGGAUAUUGCACACAGCCGACACUACCGACAAAAGACACUACAAGAAAAAUACUUUUUUAAGUGCGUCUGCGAACGCUGCAGGGACGAUAAUGUUGUGGGACGGAUCGACGCUAUGCUUGGUGAGGAAGAGUCGGACUGGGAUCGCGCUGAGAGCUUAUUAAACAACGGUGGUACGAGCGACCGUGAACGGAUCAUGGAUCUUUUAGAAAAUGACUGGGAUUUGCCGGCAAUGACAAGUACAUACAACAGACGUAACGGGGCCGUACCGGAUCGCUCAAAGCCAUUAGCAUUGCCAUACUACGUUCACUUUUUGCUUCCAUUUCUCACGCCCUAUCUUUGGGCUGCCAGUAACCCAGUAAUCCAAUUCGUUGGCUCUUCUCCUUCGGCAAGCAGCUCCGCGACACUGAAGCAGCUGACCGAAUUUGAUGACCCUCCCGCCAACGCUGCCUUGCCAUACCCUGGUGGAUCCUAUCGCGAAAUCCUCGAAUCAGCCAUCGAUCAUGUAUUAACGUACCCGCUCGCCGAAAUUGUUCCCUUCCGGAUCACCACGCUCGCCACUUGCACUCGCCUCUUUUUCGACACAAUGAUGGAGGGCCACUGGCGAAACGCCACAAAACUCGGCAUGUAUAUCCUCGUCCAAUACUCUAUCAUCUAUCCCCCAUACCAUCCAAUGCUCGCGCAACAUUUGCUAUUGCUCGCCAAGUCUGCAUGGAACUCAAUUAUUCAAAACGAAAUUCAAGGUCGAAAACUCGAAACGUUCCAAGAACGUGGCGUUCGAAGGUGGAUCUUGCUUGCCAAAGAGGCAAUUUUGUACACUUUUGGGAAACAGAGCGCAAUGUGGCGUGAAGUUAUUGAAUUAGAAUGGAUCUUUAUCCGUGAACAAAACUUGAAGAAGUAAAUAGUGAAAAACAAAAUAAAACAAAAACCGUUAUACAGUGGUAUAUAUUGCGGGGCCUUCGUG